AUGACGACGAUUGAGAGCCUUACCGCAGAAAUCAUCAUACAAAUCCUGAAAACCACCUUACAACUCGAGUAUUAUCGACAAAAUGAUCUCAAACUACCCAGUAACCCUCUUCAUCUCUCAAAGGUUUCUCGACGUUGGCGUGAUAUUGUUCUCGGGACACCCGCUCUCUUCUCCAACAUCAUUAUCUCGUUCAAGGAACUCCGAGCUCAAAACCGUUGCAUCAGGAAAUGGACUAUGUUUUGGUUGGAGCGCUCGGGGACCCAUCCGAUAAACAUCACUUUUCAUCUUUUCCCCCAGGAACUGGAGGGGAAGAGCAGCUUUCACCUUCUUAAUCAACUCGAUCGUGCAAUCGAAAGCACUCCGGACCUUGACAUCUUCCUCGACCUGCUAAAAAACCAUAUUAUCCCUCACAUUGAUCGGCUUCAACGGUUCCUACUCCAUUAUAAUGGUUUUACAUCCUCCAUAUCCUCAUUACUCUCCCCCUUCAUGCAUGCCGACGCCCCGAUAUUAGAGGAGCUGGACGUCCGUGCUCAUAGAUACACAAAAGGGUUUUCCCUCUCUCCCGCGACACCAUUUUUACCCCUGUUCCGAACUGCUCCAAAAUUGCGUUCACUCAUCAUGCAUGGAGCAGGCACGCUUCUGCCUUUAACGGAACGACUCAGAAAGCUCGACCUUUGUCACGUUGCUUUGAAUGACGCCUUAUUUCUCCAAUUUGUGUCGGAUUGUCCGGUAUUGGAAACUCUCGCUCUCAGUCAUGUCAUUUUCACGUAUUCCAAGCCCUCAUCGAUGGAUUUAUCUGCAUCCGAAGCCAUCUCAAUGAACUCCCUUCGCUCUCUGUCCUUAGACUUCUCUUAUAUCGACUGGAGAUUCCUCCCGGACACAGAUCCACACAAGCACAUUCUCACAUCUGUCCUCGCCCCGAACCUCGAAAACAUUGAAGUUUCUACACGUGGCAGUGGCCAUUAUAUCAAUCUGGCGAACGUUCUACCCAACCCCUCAUCACUCACAAGUUUGCGGAGGAUCAAAUUUGUGAGGAUUUCCAAGGAAACAGAUGCAGGGCAUAUGGAUAAUUCUCGUUGGUUCAGCGCCCUCCCGGGUUCAGUCCCUUUAGAAGAGAUUCAUCUCGUAGAUUCGUCGAGAGAUAUUUUAGGAAUUGAUUUUCAGAUCCAGGACUUGAUUGGUGGCCACCAGAGGGCAGAAGGUCAAAAUAUUCAGACACCCUAUCUCCCGAUUCCUCCCUAUUGUUUUACUCCGCGGUCGAGAGAAGUCCACCGCGCCGUAAUGUCGAGAAACUAUAAUCCCAUCCAUUUAUUCAACCAAUCAUCGUUACCCCUGCCCACCGAAUUAAAGUUCAAAGAUCUAAAAUCCCUUACGAUCGAGACCUCCUUAGCCGAAGACAUAGUUUGGCUAUGCCGUAUUCUGACGGUGAAGCCUAACAUCCAGAGUGUGUCUUUGUCUAAAUCUACAUUGUCGACACUACGUUCGGGACUCGUUCUUUUGAAGGAUGUAGAGUCGAAUGGGUGGUUUAUUAAAGUUCAGCAACACGGUAACCUUGCUCGCUACAUGUUCGGUCGGCAGAUGGUUGAAGAGGAAGGGACUCCGAACGACGUGGAGAAAUGGUUGAAGGAUAGAGUUAAGGUCGAAAUUAUUGAAUAG